UCCCACCCGAUCGAUCUCUCUCGAUCUGACUGAAAUGGAAAGUGGAGCUUAAAUUAUUUAAAGCUUGAAGAAAUAACUACGGUUUAUGUAUUGGAUGUGGUUCUUAUUUCACGAAACAUCAUUUUGCAGAUUAUAAGAAUGAUCAUGAAAGGGUAUACGAGACUCUUUUCCAGCAUAGCAUCUAGGAAUCUCACUUCCCUUCAAACCCGCAGCCGUAGUCGUAGACUCCAGCACGACCGAAUGCGAGAUGCCGCAGCCGGUGGUCCCGGGCGGCUAAGGUGCAGAUUUCCGCUCUCGUUCGAUCAGCAACUGCAGCAUGGUUUCAGGACAUCAUCUAUUCACCAGCAUCAGUUUGAAGCUGAACAAGGCAAUGCCAGUACUACCAUGGACCUAGAAGAGCUGGAGAAAUUUAGGGUUCUAUCACAACAGUUCUGGAAAGAAAGUGGAGACUUUCAGGCUCUUCACAGCAUGAAUGAUCUGAGAGUCCCCUUGAUACGAGACACAUUGUUGAAUGUGAAAUCUGGUGCUAACCGAAGCAGUACAAGACCGCUGCAUGGUGCAACCAUUGUUGAUGUGGGAUGUGGAGGGGGUAUUCUAGCUGAGCCUUUGGCAAGACUUGGAGCAACCGUCAUUGGUGUCGAUGCCACGCCAGAGAACAUUGAGGUAGCUCAGCACCAUUUGAGCCAUGAUCCAACCAUUAGAGGCAAUGUGAAAUACAUAUGUGGUACCGCAGAAGAUUUAGUGCGUACUGAGAAUGAGACAUUUGAUGCUGUGGUGUGCUCUGAGGUACUGGAACAUGUCAGUCAUAAAGAAGGCUUCAUCAAAACUUGUGCAGAACUUGUCAAGCCUGGAGGUUGUAUAUUUUUCACCUCCGUGAACCAGACGUGGCUGUCCUAUGCUUUAGGUAUCGUCAUGGCUGAGAAAGUCUUAGGUCUAGUCCCCGAUGGAACUCAUGAUUGGAAUAAGUUUGUCAGUCCAGGUUACAUUCAAAGAGUUCUGGAAGAAAGUAAUUGCUCAGUGAGACUCACCCAUGGUAUGAUGUACAACCCAAUUACUAAGCAUUGGUCAUGGAUGGAAGACACAAGUGUGAACUAUGCAUUGUGUGCAGUGAAGAGAACGUUUUCAGAGGAAGACCAUGCGGCUUGAUGAGGCAUUUGAACCCAGUCACACUCGUAAAGCUGACAACAGAGAGACAAUAGAAAUUCAUUACCAUGAAUGGCCAUGAAGUGGUCUGUUCAGUGUUUGUGACUGAGGCUCGUGACCAAGUAGUGAGGGGACUCUUAUUGGCAUCACAAUUUUCUAACAGUAUUUGCUAUGAGUGUGAUCUUUAUUCUCAACAUCGUAGUAACACUCAGACACUAUUCGUGA